CGGAUGGGGUCUGUUGUUGAGGCUAGUUUUCAGCCGUGGCGGCCUAGCUCCACCUUCUGCCUCCUCAUAUCGAUCUUGCUGUCAAGGACAACGUUCCUGACAUAUGGCCGGCAAGCCCACCGUUGCCAAGUCGCCACCGGCGCUUAUUCCGCCGGCCGGGCCAACCCCGGGCGGCACACUCCCGCUCUCCUGUAUCGACAAGACCAUCGGUGGUUUGGCUUUGGUGAACCUCAUCCAGGUCUUUCCCCGGCCAUCGCUCUCCGCUGCCCAUGACGACCAAGGCGCCGCCGCGGCCGUGGCCGCUAUGCGCAACGGGUUCGCGAGGGCGCUUGUGCCGUACUACCCGGUGGCCGGUCGCGUCGUCCCGUCCGGCCUAGCGGUGGACUGCACUGGCGAGGGCGUCUGGUUCGUGGAGGCCGCCGCGAGCUGCGCGCUCGCCGACGUGGGCGGCCUUGAGUGCUUCCCCCUGCUCAUCGCCGGGGAGCUCCUCCUCCCACGCCCUCCCCCAGGCGAGAAGCUCGACGGCCUCAUCCUCAUGGCUCAGGUGACGACCUUCACCUGCGGUGGGUUCGCCGUCGUGAUCAGCUUCAACCACACCGUGUUUGAUGGGUACGGCGCGGCGCAGUUCCUCACUGCGGUGGGGGAGCUAGCGCGAGGGUUCCCGGCGCCGUCCGUGGAUCCGGUGUGGGAUCGAGACGCGAUCCCUCACCCGCGCAGCCCGCCGCCGCCGCUAUUCAGGGUUCUCACUGAGUUCAGGCUCGUCACCCAGGUGGCGGACAUAUCCGCGGCGAGCAUCGAGCGCGUCAAGGAUGAGUUCAAGCAGGCUGCCGCAUCGACUGGGGAGGGCUGCUCCACCUUUGACGCGCUGACGGCCAUCGUGUUUAAGUGCCGCGCGCUGGCACUGGCAGCGGCGCUCCCGGACGGCGCCGAGGUCCGGGUCAGCUUCGCCGCCGGCACGCGGCCCCUCCUCCGCGGCGUGCUGCCGACUGUGGACGGGUACUACGGCAACUGCGUGUACAUGGCGUGCGUUGCCAGGACCAGCAGGGCCGCCCGGGAGUUGGCGCUGGCGGAGCUGGUCGGCGCGGUACGGGAGGCGAAGGAGGCCGUCGCCACGGGGUUUGCGGACUGGAUGCGCGGCGUCGUUCGCCCCGACGUGCCGCUGGACUACAGCACGGCGAUUCUGACGGACUGGAGCCGCCUCGGGUUUAAUGAGGUGGACUACGGCUUCGGCGUGCCUGGGUACGUAUUCCCGAACGACGAGCAGGCCAACUUCGCUGCGACGCUCCUGUUCGUCAAGCCGCCGGCGCCCAGGCGCGGGGGGAUCCGGGUGCUGCUCCGCUGCGUCGAGGAGCCGCACGCCGCCAUAUUCGCUGCCGAGCUCGCCAAGUUCGCCUAGAGGCUAUGCAUAUGCAUGCAUCGUUCGUGGGCAUCUCCAUGUUCAUGUGAGAUCAGUUUCGAAAAUAAAUGUUCAUGUGAGAUGAGAGUCUGAGAGGAGACGUCACAAAUUGGAAGUUGUCGAAUGAGUGAAUAAGGGAAUGUACAAUGUAGUGUAGGCACGCCCACUCUUAGUAGUUUCCUUAAUCUAAGAAAGACAAAACACAUAAAUGGUACACCCUCAUUUUAAAAAUAAGUGUCUCAAGUUUUGUAGA